ACAAGUGUUUGCAGACAACUUUAAGCUACUUCCUGUGAGUGGCGACAUGGACAGAAUAAAUGUGGCCCCUGUGGGCCCUAUGGACCUGCCACUGUCUCUGCUGGAGAUGGGAUGCUCUGGCAGGUUUGAGCUCAUCACACAUCCCCUUCCUGGGCAACCUCUACCUCCACACAGCACGCUCCCGCAUGGGCUUCCUCCCACCAGCCUGAACCUGGAGACAGAAGUUGAAAACCAGUUUUUGCGGGACCCUGUCUGGCUUCCUGUUCACGACACUGACUUUGCCUUCCAGAAGUUUCUCAAGGUCACAAAGAGAGAGCCUAAUGUUGACUCUUUACUCAACUGCACUCAGUCUCCGCUUCACUCAGGUCUCUCAGUCGUGAGAGAUCCAACCACUGGAAUGCUGCUGGAUUUCAAAGAGGUUUUACAGGAGAACACUGGCCUCUCGGCUAAAAACUCACUUUCAUUACAUCGUCAACCUGGGCCUCCUUCUGAGAGCCUUCGUGGAAGCAACACUAACUACCCCUUCCUUCCUGGAGGAAUGGAGGAGCUUACGCUGGAACAAAUCAAGAAGAAAUCAGAGUUGGAGCAGGACAUAGACUUUGAGAAUGAUUUGCUCAAAAUCCCUCCUGGUUUUAAAGCUGGAAUAGACUUCUCUGACAAAGAUGCCAAAAUAGCAAAGCCUGAAGUGAACCUUAUGUCCCUCCUGUCCACAUUUGUGGACAUUGUUGACUUACAACCUGAGGCGGAGGAAAAGCAGGAAGGCAAAGGAGGUGAAAAGUCUCCUAAACUCCCCAGAACAAAUAGUCUUGAAGAUCUAGGCAUCAAGGAUGCUGUUUCAUCCUCCACUCCCUCAGAGAAUGGAAAAGAUGAGAAAUCAAAGCCAAAAGAGAAUCCAGAGAAGAAAAAGAAAUGGGCCAUCCCUGUCGACGUAGCUUCACCCUGUGAUGAUUUCUACAAACGCAUUCCCAACCCAGCUUUCAAGUGGCCGUUUGAGCUGGACACUUUCCAGAAACAAGCGGUGCUGAGGCUGGAGGCCCACGACUCUGUAUUUGUCGCUGCGCACACAUCAGCUGGCAAAACAGUGGUGGCCGAGUAUGCCAUCGCUCUCUCGCAGAAACACAUGACACGGACCAUCUACACAUCCCCCAUCAAAGCAUUGUCCAAUCAGAAGUUCAGGGACUUUAAGAACACCUUCGGGGAUGUGGGACUCCUGACAGGCGAUGUCCAGCUCAGUCCUGAAUCUUCAUGCCUCAUCAUGACCACUGAGAUCCUCAGGUCAAUGCUUUACAACGGCUCUGAGGUCAUCAGAGACUUGGAGUGGGUGAUCUUUGACGAGGUUCAUUACAUCAAUGACGCUGAGAGGGGCGUCGUGUGGGAGGAGGUUUUGAUUAUGCUUCCUGAUCACGUCAGUAUCAUUCUCCUCAGUGCCACAGUGCCAAACGCUGUGGAGUUUAGCGAUUGGAUCGGUCGCAUCAAGAAGAGGCAUAUUUAUGUGAUCAGCACAAUGAAGAGGCCUGUGCCUUUGGAGCAUUAUCUGUUCACUGGAAACAGCACCAAGACCCAGAAAGAGAUGUUUCUGCUUGUGGAUGCUACAGGCAACUUCCUCACGAAAGGGUACUAUGCAGCCGUUGAUGCCAAAAAGGAGCGGACCAGCAAACACGCACAAUCCUUUGGCACAAGAAAUACUUCUCAAAACACUUCAGCCAGUCAGGACCGAACAGUGUGGCUCACCCUCCUGCACUUCCUGUCCCAGCGACAGCAGACCCCGGUAGUGGCGUUCACCUUCUCGCGAACACGCUGUGAUGACAAUGCCCGCUCCCUGGACUCCAUGGAUCUGACCACGUCCAUAGAGAAGGCAGAGAUCCACUCUUUCUUCCAGAAGAGCCUGAGUCGCCUCCGGGGAGGAGAUAGACAGCUGCCUCAGAUCUUGAUCAUGAGGGAUCUGUUGAAGAGGGGAAUAGCAGUUCAUCACAGCGGAAUCCUGCCAAUACUAAAGGAGGUCAUUGAGAUGCUCUUCUCAAGAGGGCUUGUAAAAGUGCUGUUUGCCACAGAGACAUUUGCGAUGGGAGUGAACAUGCCUGCCAGGACUGUGGUGUUCGACAGCAUCAGGAAACACGACGGGACCGGCUUUAGGAAUUUGCUGCCAGGCGAAUAUAUUCAGAUGGCGGGCAGAGCAGGGAGGAGAGGACUGGACGCCACAGGCACCGUCAUUAUCCUGUGUAAAGCCGGCGUUCAUGAGAUGGCAGAUCUGCAUGUCAUGAUGCUGGGUAAACCCACUAUCCUCCAGUCUCAAUUCAGACUGACCUACACUAUGAUCCUCAACCUGCUGCGAGUCGAAGCCCUCCGUGUGACCGACAUGAUGAGGAGGAGCUUCUCCGAAUGCCACAGAGACACGCAGAGUCAAGAGACACGGAUCAGUCAGCUGAAGCAGACUCUGUCCUCUCUGCCCCCUCUGGACACGGAGGGCCAGCUGUCCGACCUGACGUCGUACUACCACACAGUGACGGAACUCCGAACCACCACCGAAGCCCUCCAACGCGCUAUGCUGGAGUCGGUGAACGGGCUGAAAGCUCUGUCUGUGGGUCGAGUUGUGGUGGUUAACAACAAGCAGCAUCUCAACGCCCUCGGAGUUAUCCUACAGGUGUCCAGUGACUCAGUGAAUCGCGCCUUCACAACUCUGAUCAUCUGUGAGAAAGGCAAUGAGGAAGGAGAAGGAAAAGCCAGCAACACCUCUUUGCCUCACCUCUACAACACAGCUCUGUUUGUACCUGAAGGUCCUUGCAGCCACACAGUCCAGAAGCUGAAGUUUCAGGACAUUUCAGGCAUCACAGUGAAAACCCUCAAAGUGAUUCCUGACAGGAUCAUUGACAACUACAACAAGAGGCAACAACCGCGGUUCAGACUUGACCCUCCGGGCCAAGCUAUCUCCACGGCGACCCAGGAGCUCCUGCGAUUGGCUGAGGCCAACCCGGGGGGAAUAGCGGCCCUCGACCCCGUGAACGACCUCCAGCUGAAGGGCGUGGAUGUGGUGGAGAACUCCAUGAGACUACGUGUGCUGCGGGAGAGUCUCAAAGAGUUCAACUGCACCCACUCGCCCAUGUUCGCAGAGCAGUUUGCUCGGGUUACGGAGAGGAUGAGCGUGCAGGAGGAGCUGGACAGGCUGCUGUUCCUGGUGUCGGAUCAGUCUCUGUCUCUGUUGCCUGAAUAUCACCAGAGGAUCAAGGUCCUCGAGUCCCUGCAGUACAUCGACAGCAGCGGCGCGGUGCAGCUGAAAGGCCGCGUCGCCUGUCAGAUCAGCAGCCACGAGCUGCUGCUGACCGAGCUGCUGUUCGAGAACGUCCUGAGUCCACUGGCGCCCGAAGAGAGCGCCGCCCUGCUGUCCUGUUUGGUGUUCACACAGAACACGCAGGUGGAACCGCACAUUACUAACACGCUGCAGGAGGGCAUUGAUCGGGUGCUGUCAGUGGCCCAGCGAAUCGGAGAGCUGCAGAGGAAUUGUGGGAUAGCGCAGACGGCUGAGGAGUUUGUCGGCCAGUUCAAGUUUGGUCUGACGGAGGUUGUGUACUGCUGGGCCAGAGGCAUGCCGUUUGCAGAAAUCGCCCUGCUCACAGACGUGCAGGAGGGCACGGUGGUCCGCUGCAUCCAGCGCCUGGACGAGGUCCUGAAGGAGGUGCGACAGGCCGCACGCAUCGUGGGGGACUCCGUCCUGGGAAGCAAGAUGGAGAAGGCGUCCCUGGCCGUCCGCAGGGACAUCGUCUUCACCGCCUCCCUUUACACCCACUGAGGGUGAACAUGUGCACGUAUGUUGCAUAUGUGUGAAUAAAGUACUGUAUGUGCCUACAAAACAUGCUGAUGUUUACAUGACAAAUGUCUGACCAGAACAAAGAGGAAUGAUUUUAAACAACAGACCAAGGAAUGAACUUCAAAUCUGCAUUGUAAUUUAUUGUACAGAAAUAAAACCUGUAACAAAACAA